AUGAAGUAUAUCCCAUUUUUCGGAACGAGAUAUGGUACUACUAAGUCCAAGACAGUUCAAGGAGGCUCGGAGUGCAAUAAUAUUGCUGAUCAUGAAAUGGUUGACGAUCUGGGCCUCAAUGACAAGCAAGAUUGCCUUGAGUUAGACCCUAGUUGGGAGUUUCCAUCUUUGGAUGAAUCUGAAGAAGAGGAACAUAAAAAACAAGAAGAUGAUCAAGAUCAGGUGGAUGGAAGAGAAAAGUUGUGCACGUUUGACGAGGACUCUUGGCAAAUUCUGGUAUCAAAAUCUGGUACCAAAAAGGAAGAACACAAAACGGCUCCAGUGAUUAAAGUGUCAUUUGUUGCAGGUAAAUGUGGUCAAAUUUUAGAGUGGAGGUAUUCCAAUUUGGAAAUCUGA